CCAGUCAACCUGUUGAUAUUGACAGGUAGCAGCCUGAUCUACAACGAUAAUGGCCAUCCAGGACCCGGACCCGGUAACUACACCUAUAAUACUUUCUGAGAGACAACCCCAAUGUGAAGAUGAGACCAUGGUUCCAGUACUAACUUCAAAAAAAGCCAGUGAAUUACCAGUGAACGAAGUAACGUGUGUCCUGCAGGCUGACCUGCAGUACGGCCUGACCCACAGUGAGGUCACCCGUCGCCGUGCCUACCAUGGCUGGAAUGAGUUCGACAUCAAUGAGGAGGAGCCUCUCUGGAGGAAGUACAUCUCCCAGUUUAAGGAUCCUCUCAUCAUGUUGCUACUGGCCUCUGCUGUCAUCAGUGUGCUCAUGCACCAGUUUGAUGAUGCCAUCAGCAUCACAGUGGCCAUUAUAAUAGUGGUUACAGUUGCCUUUGUCCAGGAAUACCGCUCCGAGAAGUCCCUUGAAGAGCUGGGGAAACUUGUGCCUCCAGAAUGCCACUGUGUGAGGGAAGGCCAUCUGGAGCGCAUGCUGGCUCGGGAGCUGGUCCCUGGAGACACGGUCUGUCUCUCUGUUGGGGAGAGAGUCCCGGCUGAUCUACGACUCUUUGAGGCAACUGACCUAUCAGUGGAUGAGUCCAGUCUGACGGGAGAGACCACGCCCUGCUCCAAGUCCACGUCCCACCAGCCCACCAACAAUGACAUCACCUCCCGCAGCAAUGUGGCCUUCAUGGGAACCCUGGUGCGAUGUGGCAAAGCCAAGGGUAUCGUCAUAGGAACAGGAGAAAAUUCUGAAUUUGGAGAGGUUUUUAAGAUGAUGCAAGCAGAGGAGGCCCCUAAAACACCUUUACAGAAAAGCAUGGACCUUCUUGGAAAACAGCUAUCGCUUUAUUCCUUUGGAAUCAUAGGAGUGAUCAUGCUGGUUGGUUGGCUCCAGGGGAAACGCUUAUUAGACAUGUUCACCAUCGGUGUCAGCCUGGCAGUGGCAGCCAUCCCCGAGGGUCUACCCAUCGUGGUGACGGUCACCUUGGCCCUCGGAGUGAUGAGGAUGGUCAAGAAGAGGGCAAUUAUCAAGAAGCUGCCCAUCGUGGAGACACUUGGCUGCUGCAACGUCAUCUGCUCAGACAAGACGGGGACUCUGACCAAGAACGAGAUGACCGUCACUCACCUGUUCACCGCCGAUGGACUUCAUGUUGAGGUGACAGGCGUGGGUUACAACGGAGCCGGGGAGGUCCGGGGGGUGUUACUGCACGGGGAGGAGAUCCACGGCUUCUCAAACACCUCCGUCAGCAAGAUUGUAGAGGCUGGUUGCAUAUGCAAUGACGCUGUCAUCAGGAACAACACCCUGAUGGGACGCCCCACUGAGGGGGCCCUCAUCGCCCUGGCCAUGAAGAUGGGUCUAGAAGGGCAGCAGCAGGAGUAUGUACGUCUGGAGGAAAACCCUUUCAGUUCAGAACAGAAGUGGAUGGCCGUCCGCUGUGUCCACCGCACUCAGCAGGACCAGCCAGGUGUGUAUUACAUGAAGGGGGCUUACGAGCAGGUCAUCCGAUUCUGUAGCUACUACCACAGCAAAGGUGCAACACUACCUCUCAACCACCAGCAGAGGGAGCUCUACCAGCAGCAGAAGAGUUACAUGGGAUCCUCAGGCCUCAGAGUUCUUGCUUUUGCGUCGGGUUCGGAAAUGGGCAACCUGUCGUUCCUGGGCCUGGUGGGCAUCAUCGAUCCACCCAGGUCAGGGGUCAAAGAGGCUGUGGGCACGCUCAUCAGCUCAGGAGUGGCCAUCAAGAUGAUCACUGGAGACUCCCAGGAGACCGCUGUGUCCAUAGCGGGCCGUCUGGGAAUCUACACCAAGGGCUCCCAGUCUCUGUCUGGAGAGGAGGUGGACCAGAUGGACCUCCAACAGCUGUCUCAGAUGGUGCCCAGGAUCGUGGUGUUCUACCGGGCCAGCCCCAGACACAAGCUGAAGAUAGUCAAGUCUCUCCAGAACAUUGGUGCUGUGGUGGCGAUGACGGGUGAUGGUGUGAAUGAUGCCGUAGCGCUGAAAGCAGCAGACAUCGGCGUUGCCAUGGGCCAGACUGGCACUGACGUUUGUAAAGAGGCAGCAGACAUGAUCCUAGUGGACGAUGACUUCCAGACCAUCUUGUCUGCCAUCGAGGAAGGGAAAGGCAUUUACAACAACAUUAGAAACUUUGUCCGCUUCCAGCUAAGCACGAGCAUUGCAGCGCUCACCCUCAUCUCCCUGGCAACGCUGAUGAACUUCCCCAACCCUCUGAACGCCAUGCAGAUCCUGUGGAUCAACAUCAUCAUGGACGGACCUCCCGCUCAGAGUCUGGGAGUGGAGCCAGUGGAUAAGGAUGUCAUACGGAAGCCUCCGAGGAAUGUGCGGGACAGCAUCCUCACACGCAGUCUGUUAGUCAAGGUGCUGGUGUCGGCACUCGUCAUCGUAUGCGGCACCCUGUUCGUCUUCUGGAGAGAGCUGCAGGACAAUCUGAUCACUCCCAGAGACACCACCAUGACCUUCACCUGUUUUGUGUUCUUCGACAUGUUCAACGCCCUCAGCUCACGCUCACAGACUCGUAUGGUCCAUGAGAUGGGCCUGUGCAGUAACAAGAUGUUCUGCUACGCGGUGCUGGGUUCCAUCAUGGGCCAGCUGGCGGUCAUCUACUUCCCUCCGCUGCAGAGUGUUUUCCAGACAGAGAGCCUCAGCAUCUUUGACCUGCUGUUCCUGGUGGGCCUCACGUCCUCUGUCUGCAUGGUCUCUGAGGCCAUAAAGUGGGUGGAGAGGUGGAGAGCGGUGAGGGAGAGGAGAACCACAGUGUCUGAAGAAGACUCCUUCCACGAUGUAUGACGCACAUUGCGUUCUGUGUGACAGAGUAGAUAGGGGAGAGGAGGGGGUGGGGCUGGGUUGUUUGUGGGUGGGGGGUACAUGUAGAUGGGAUGCAAUGGUUAUUUGGUCUGAACACAGGGACUGGAGAGAGAACUCAAACAGUUGCUGUCCCUCGCUGGUAUUCACUGUUCAGUCAUGGAUUGGAAGUGGGCGAGGAGGAUCUCAACCUUACAGUGCCCCCCUGCCCUCCACCUCUCCCCUGCGAGAAGCAUUGGCGUGCUGCUUUCAGACUGUACCAUCCUCCAGGAAUUCAGGAGGGGAUUUAUUUAUGAGACAUUGUAACUGUUGUUCAUGUGGCAACUAUUCAUGUCUAUGGUGUCGUGAUCUGAGAGGACAAUGUUACUGCUCGUAGAUCAACUACUCACGUCUAGGUUUUAAGACCAAUUAAGGACAGCAUAAUUGUUUGUAGAGCAACUAUUCAUGUCUUGGGGUUCAUGAACAUAAAUGGAAUUUUGUAACUGUUCUUAUUCGUCAUCACCUUGCUUCGAGUGCAGGUAGCUAACCACAGCUUUGUAGAAGUCUAGAGAUGUUACUUUCAUGCAUUCCAGCUUUUCAUGCUAGUAGCAAUCUCACCAUCAACUUCCAACCAAUUUAGGAUUGAUAAUUGUGAGCAUACUUUUGUUUUGGUAUAGACUUUAGGAAGAGUUGACCACUAAACCGUGUUAUUUUGGUAGAUGAAUAUAAUACAUUUUCUUCAGAAGAUAAGUUUGGUUUGGUUUUUCUCACAUAUUAGGGCCGAUGGCCUUCAUUUGGCGUUUCAUUUAAUUCCACUCCGGCUAUCUAUUUAGUUGCCCCUGGAGACAUUCUGUGUUUUGGACCAUCACUCAGCAGUUUAUUUUCCCAGUGAUCAAGCACUACUAUACAGUUAAUUCUAUCCCAGUCCCCACCCUCCCAGCCACGGUCUGCCUCCCCAAAAUCUUUCACUUGCCCUGUAUCAAACCUACAUUAUUUUUUCCAUUUAGGGAAUUAACUGUUUGCCUUGAAUGAAAGGCACAGAGGUAUUUGGUCCAGUGCUGUCAAAAAUGUUAUUUUUUCCUGUGUUUUAUAUGUAUUUUCACACUAUGAGGUUGGAAUAGUACUGUGAAAUGAUGAUAAUGCCCUUUUAGUGUAAGAGCUGGUUGAAAAAUGGAAGCCUGUUUUGGUGGAAUGGAGUUUUGGCCUGCAUGAUGACAGGCCAGUAAUAGCUGGUUUUCAGUUUCCCCCUCCCCACUCAGCCACUCCUAGACAGUCAUAGCAACAUUUUUGCUUGAGGAAAUUCCUCUUGCUAAGAAGCUAUUUUAGUUUGUUUUUGACUGCUUUUUGAUUGAAGAAGGUCACUUUAAGGUACUUAUUUGUUACCCAGAAAUGAUUUGAUAUUGAGAUAAAAAAAAACAGCCGCAAUGGGCCUUUUAAUAUUCUGCCUCUAUUUUACACACUGUAAAUGAAGUGCAAAUAUUUAUCUCCAUGACAACCAUUUACUGUACAUGCACUGUUCAUAUACAUUUUGCUUGUGUCUUGGGUCAAAAGUGGCCAUUUUAAGCACAUUUUUCUCUUCAUGCUCUUUCCAGAAGCAUCCGAGGCCUUGUUUUGGUACAGCUAGACAUACCUGGGUUUUAAUUUCACAAUGCAGAAUCACUCAAUUAACAGGCUUGUUUUGAUAAUCAUUUACAUUAAAUAUAAUCGAAUUCCCAGGUUUAUGAAGACAGGUUCAGUUGAUAAUGGGUUAUUUGAGUCAUACCCAUUCCAGGUUUAUUUCUUUAUGAACCAGGAGAUGGAGUUGUUUCAGCAUUUUUAGGACCGGGAGCUAAUUCAUUGAUGUUGCUUUCCAAAUGAGUUUUUGUCUGUGCUAUGGAUGGCAAGAAGUCCUCUCCCGACCGCAGCACCUAGCGGGUACAGGCUCACAUCGCCAGCUCUUUCUAUUAGACAUGUUCUUUAUUUUACAAGAGGUUAUACUCUCUGCUUUGGUCCAUUUGACAGGCCAAAUCAGCUACAAUUAUUUUAAUUUUUUAUUUAUGAUUUGUUGUGUGUGUUGCACAGCUGAAGACAGUACUCUGUUGUGAUGGUAUGAGAAUAAAUCUGUACAUUAAUGAAAAUGUGUGUGGUGGAUGAUGGAUGGAUGGAUGGGUGGAUGGAUGGAUGGAGUGUUUUAACUGGGUGGAGGGUUUGUGUCAUGUUUUCAGUGUCACUGACACCGAUUCUGAUAAUCUCAUUUUUGUUCAGAUUGAGCUAAAAAUUACAAUAUCUUUUUUUUUUUUUUUCAGUUUAAGAUUUCAAUAUAAAAUAUACUGCCAAAGCAGAGAUAGGCUUUAGUGUGUAUACCCAAUAAUUCUCAACAACAGCUGGUUUAAAUGUUAUUUUUCAUUUAGAUUAUCAAAUAUUUCCAGUGCAGCUGUAAUAUAAUAGUAACAAUACAUGGGAUUUAUAGAGCUAUUUUCAAAGCCCAAAUACACUACAGCAACGAGCAAAGAAAUAAAAGCAAACUUAUCAUGA